CUACAAGUGUCAUCAUGAUCCUGAAGCCUAACUCUCAGACAAAGCCCCUGCCCAGCAAUUCAUAGUGUGUGCUUUUGUCUUCUCCUGAGCAAAAACAAGGACAAGUAAACACAUCAACAGGAGCUGUCCAACCUACCAAUAGGGAAAAAAACAAUCACUCAGGUCAUUCUAGACAGCGAUGUCGGGAAACAGUGUGGAUGAAGAGCUCGAUGAACUGCCAGCAACAAACACAGGACCCAAAGGGGUGAUCAAUGACUGGAGAAAAUUCAAGCUGGAGAGCGAGGACCAUGAGUCUAUUUCACCCAGCAAGCGGGAGCUUCUCAGACAGAUGUCUUCUCCUUACCGAUCCAAUAGCAAAGAAGAAACAGACAUACAGAGGAGAUUAAGCCGAAAGAUGAGCAUGCAGGAGUAUGAGCUACUUCAGGAUGAGGAUGAGGGCGUUCUCCGCAAGUACCGGAAGCAGUGCAUGCAGGAAAUGCACCAGCGGCUGAGCUUCGGGCCCAAGUUUGGUUGCCUGUAUGAGCUAGAGAGCGGGGAGCAGUUCCUGGAUGUCAUCGAGAAGGAGCACAGGCUGACGAUGUUGGUGGUCCACAUCUACGAAGACAAAGUGAAGGGCUGUGAUGCCUUGAAUAAUUGCCUCACCUGCCUGUCUAUGGAGUACCCCACUGUGAAGUUCUGCAAGAUCAAGGCCUCCGACACUGGGGCAGGCGACCGCUUCUCAGAUAGCGUGCUGCCCGCCAUUCUGGUCUACAAGGCAGGCGAUCUGGUGGGCAACUUUCUGAGCAUCUCCGAGCAUCUUAAUGAGGAGUUUUUUGCAGUGGAUGUGGAGUCCUUUUUAAACGAGUAUGGCUUGUUGCCGGAGAAGGAGUUUGGGGCCUGUCAGAAUGCACAGGAGGAUGUUGAAUAAAAUGGACGUGUUAGAGGAUAGUUAGAGAAUACGUUUUAUUUAUACUUCUCAGUAGCAUUCUAUAGAGGGGGUCUCAACUGUCCCUGGCUCCUUUCUAAAAGUGUUGUCUUCUUGUAGGGUAACCGCAACCAAUUUUAAUAUUGGAGUCAAAUGUUACUGACCCAUCAGCGCCCUAAGAAUUACAUCCUGGUUUAAAAUUAUUGGAAUCCAAGAAUACUAUUAAUCUAUUUAAUAACAUACAGUAUAUGCUACCUACAAGUCUAACAUGCAUUAGUUUCUGAAUUGUUUAUAUUACAUAGCAACAACUGACUUUAAAAAACAAACAAAAAAAACAUCUACAUUGAAAAGGUGCAGGGUAACUAUCCAGGCCAUUUUAACUGGUAUUUAACUAUUGUUCCUUAACAUUAUCCACUAGAUACAGUUGUAGAACCUGAAUAGGAGAUGUUUUUAUUAAACUUUCACAGUUGCAAAUGGUCUUACAUUUUCAUCCGUCUUCGGUUUUGUAAAACGAAUAUAUUUUGACGUAAGAUAAAGAUAAUGGAAGCACUUGGAGUUUAGAUGUACUUCUAGAUGCUUUGAAAUAUCAAACAUACUACUACAAUUUUUUGUAAUUAAAGAGUUUAUGCAUUAUUUAUAUGCAUAAAACUUUGGAGUACAGGUAUACCAAUGAAAAAGACUACUAUAUUAAAACAGCUACAAGUUUAACUUUGACACUGCCAUUAUCACAUAUGGAUAUUUGAUGUGAAUGUUCUGUAACUCUUCAGUGCUGUAUACUUGUGUGUGUCUGUGGGCAUUAUUUACAUAUUUCAUUGUAGUGAUCUAGACAGUGAUGGGUUUAAAUAUUGCUUCCCCUUUGUUAACAUCAUUAAUAAACAAUAAAUAAGCAGAAAAUUAAUACAUUUUAGAAAAGCAGUAUUGAGAUCUAAUCAACAUCCUGUUUCGAUCAUUUUACUUCAUAACCACACAAACACACACAAUAAGUGUUAGAAGGAAGUCAUUGAUGUUUCUUUUUUUUUUAGAUAUAAUGAACUGCAAACUAUUUCUAUAUAUUUUGUGUGUUAAAAAAACAAAACAUGGAUUGAAAAGCCAUAUUUAGAAAUUAAUGAAAUGUAAGUAAGCAACUUUAAAAGAAUAAAAGUUAGAACAAAUAUUUAAAAUAAAAUAAAAUCUAAAAUAUAUUGGUGAGUGAAAAAUUACAUGGCACAUUCGUUUUACUGCAUCUCUGGAACCUUCACUGUGGAAUCUACAGCUGUUCAACCUCAGUACAGUAUAGAUUCAUUUUACUUUUGUGAUUCAAGAUUGAUCAGAUCUCGUUCUCACCAGUAUUAAUCACGCAACUCGUGACUCAUGGUAGAAGUGUGGUCAGGUUUAAUUGCACUGUAAGGGACCAUGUGGCUUAACCAGCUUGAAUGUACUCUGUGGAGUUCUCUGUGGACCAUUUUUGAUGAAACUGGCUGCUCGCGCCCCAGGUUGAAAUUUGCAGUCAAUUGAUCUGCAGUUGCUCGCCUGUUUUGCCUUGCACUUUGAAAUAAUGCACGGAUAUCACAAUCCUGGAGUAUGCGCUUCCGCCCACUGUUGCCCUUUGCUGAUGAUGUCUUUCCCUCGGAGUUCCAUGCCGACAUCGUUGCUCAUGAAACAUCAGCAAGUUGAGCUGUCUUGGUCACUGAAUAUCCUGCCAAAUGCUCCCCAACAAUAACCCCUCUUUCAAAGUCACUGAGGUCUCCACUUGCAGCCAUGCUAGCCAUAAUUAUAGGCAACCAGGCCUGUCCAGCAUUUUUAUACAUGACCUAAGCAUGCUGGGAUGUUAUUUGCUUAAUUAACGCAUGAGCCACACCUGCUUUCAAUAUUUACCUAGGUGUUUCCAUUUUUUUUUUGUGCACUACCUGUAUAUUGCAUGUCUGUAUCUAUUUCCAGACAUACAUUAUACUUAUACAUACCAUGUUUAAAAAUGCAUUUACUUGGUUGGUAUACCAGUUUAAAAAUAUGUUAAAAAGUGAUAUUCUUAUGUAAUAAAAAACAAACAAUUUAAAACAAACAUUGUUUUUUUGAGAGUGUAUUGGCAGUCACAUAAAAAAGUACUUCAACACCA